AUGGCCCCUCCACCCGCCAAUGAUCCCAAGCGCGUCGCUAGCAUCAUGCUGUCGUGGCACUCGUGCGACCUCGUCUCAUGCACCACCUUACAGACUCUGUGGGCAGGCUACGGACACAUAUGUGCCAUCACUGCAAGAGCUACGACUGAUGGCGCAGCGAAGUACCUCAGCCAACUUUCUGCGGGGUCCACAUAUCCUCUCAUCUUGAAGCUCAUCUCACCCCCAAGGAAAAGCUCUGGUGGCCAUGAUGAGGGCCACCUGCGUAAGAUGCUGAGCUACGAGGUGGAGCAGUGCUUUUAUAGUGAUGUGGUCCCGCUGCUAGGCGACGAGAUUGGUGUUGCAAAAUGCCUUGCUUCGACACGCAACAUGGACGGCCAGCCAGGCGCGGACGAAAUUGAAGGUCUGAUGGCCACUAUCAUGGUCGAUCUUCGCUCCAAAUUCCCAGUUGCGGGCGAAAAGAGGAGUGUGCUAAGCCGCACACAAGUGCAUGGGACUCUGGACUGGCUGGCCAGUUUUCACAGUCGCUCAUGGGGCCUGCUGCCAGACAGCCUUGAUGAAUAUGUCUUGCCACCCCUUGAAGAAUAUAAUAGAAGACAAAGCCCAGGCAAGGAUGUUGGGAGUGGGCUGUGGCUCAAUGGAGGAUAUACGUACCUUGCAACCCGACGAAAAGAGUACGCUUCUCUAGCCCAGGACACAUACUCAGAGUGGUCAGAAGCGAUGUGUAUGCCAUUAGAAGGCUCGUCUUUAUCCGUCACCGAGAUGGCUGCAUUAUUUUUGACUCCCUGUGGAAGGCCGAUCGAGUCGUACAUUCAUGGUGACGUUAAGUCCGAGAAUCUCUUCACGACAACUACUGGAGAUAAAGUCGCCUUCUUUGAUUUUCAGUAUGUCGGGCUAGGAUUUGGAGUUUGCGAUCUUGCGAAAUUGUUUACGUGCUCAGUCCCUUUCCAUAUGCUUGCAGAGUCCAACGAAUCUUUGCCCAAGCAGUUGGCGAUGCGUGAACCUGAGAGACAACUGCUCGAGCGGUACCGCAACAGUCUCCUCCAGAAUAAAGACUCGCAUCUGUAUGAUUGGGAAACAUUUAAACGACACUGGGAGACGGCACUGGUCGACUGGUGUAGAUUCCAGGCCUCGUGGGGAUUUUGGGGAAACACAGAGUGGCUCGAAGCCCGUGUGAGAUCAAUCUUGGGCGACCAGAAGUGGAGAGACUGGCUCCAACAAAAUACCAGCAGUCGGGACGGUUUCCGGUGA